AUGUACCCUCCAAUCAAACAAGCUUCCAACUCACGCCAAAACCCAGCACUUCAACGCAACCCUCUUAACAAAGUCGCAUCGACUAGCAUACCAACCUCUCGUUCUCGUUCCUCUCGCUCGGCAUCCAACAACCGUCGAACUUCGCAUAAAAUUCCCGACGACCUGGAUAAAAAUGCCGUCUUUUUCCCCAAAUAUAAAAUCGAAUUGCUAAUCAACACAAAGAACGCCGAACGGAGAACGUCUGACCGUCCACCCAGACCUCCCAAUUCCUUUUUCCUCAUGAAAAAUGCCUUACUUUUGAUAUUGCGGGAAAUGAAUCUCAAAGUCAAGAUGCCCGAGCUGUGUCGUAAAGCACGCGAUUUGUGGGAGGAGGCUCCAAAAGAGUCUAAACAAUUGUAUGAUGACCUAUCUUCUAAAGCCGAACGGCUUCACCAUAUAAGAUAUCCGGGUUAUACUUAUCGACCGGUAAGAAGACAAAUAUUCCAACAAUACUCGCCGAUUAUGAGCUCGGGAGCCAUGGUGUCGAGCUUUCCGGUGGAGGAUCCUACAGAAACUGUAGUAGUGCGAACGGAAGAACCCACUUACAUUACCAUUACUACACCAACGGACUCGCCUACAACUCCUUCGCUGGCCUCAUCUCCAGACACUCAGAUAUCUCCUCUGUCUUCACCAGAAAAUUAUCUCAUGGUCAUGCCUACGCCUGAAGCCAGCACUACUCCUUUAUACUCACCAAUCUCAACCUAUCUACCCGUAUCGCCAAUAACAAUUUCUGAAUUGGAAAACACUUGCCCAUGGGACGUAGAAGGAGGAUACAAGGAUUUUCCUCUAAACAUCCCAUCUGGAAACCCAGACUUGAUUUUACUGGAUCCUCAGAACGGCGAAUUCGAACUGAACAGUAGCAACAUCGAGGAAAUGCUUACGCAAAUGGAAAUGUAUAGGUCAUGGGACCAAAAGAACGAACACAUAUGA